UAGAAAGCAACUGAGUUAGAAGAUGAGUUCUUCUCAGAGUCUGUCAACGCUAGAGUCCAAACUGGAGGCUCUGCAGUGCCACUUCAACUGGAAUCUGGACUGUAGCAGGUCCACACUUUUCCGUCUCAAGUACAAUUUGGAGGACAUUGGCACCGAAGAGGGGAAGAGCUGGUUGGGUCACAUUUAUAACUUGCAGGGGUUCAUUCACUACCAGCUGGGCUUCAGUGAAGAUGCCCUGCGUUUCUUCAGCAGGGCCACAGAAGCCUUCCGUCAGAUGAGAAACACAGUAUCAGAUGAGGGUCCCUGGCUGGUAGUGAACUAUGGGAACCUGGCUUGGCUACACAACCAACAGGGAGAACAAACACAAAGUCAGAAUUACCUGUCAAAGAUUAAUGCACUGAUGAAUGAAUACCCAUCUCCAUCCCAGGAUGAACUCCAUCCAGAGAUUUAUGCAGAAAAAGCCUGGACCCUGAUGAAGUUCAACAAAGAAAAAAAGCUGCUGGCUAUAGAUUACUUCCAGAGAGCCAUCAGGAUGCAGCCUGACAUGGUGGCAUGGCGGACCAGCUAUGUGUUAGCAUUAGUGAAUGCUAAUAACAAUAGUGACCAUGCCAUCUUGGAAAAAAUGAGAAUCGCCAAAGAACAUGAUCCAGAGAACUUGUACCUUGCUGCGCUUUACCUUGAUGCAUGUCCUCAAAAAGGAACAAAAAUGAAAGAUGAAGUAUGCACAUUGGCCAGAAGAGUUUUAAAAAAACCAGUUAGCAGCUACAGUGGUAUCAAUCCAAUACUUCUGCUUUACAGUAAAUAUUUAUCUGUACAUGAAGCUAUUGAUUUGAUAGAAGAAGCUCUGGAAAGACAUCCAGAUGAACGUUACCUGAAGUGGUGUGCUGCAAACUACUACAGAAGAAGGAUCUUUUUCAGGCAGACAAGGACCGGUCUGCUCGAGCGCAGCAUGAUUGACAAAGCCAUCAGUCUCUGUAAGGAGGUGAUUUCCCUUUACCCUCAUUCUUCACUUAACAUGAAAAUAACUCUUGCAGACAUAUAUGUAAAGGUAAAUAACCACGACAAAGCUGACCAGAUAUACAAUGAACUGCUAGAAAGUGACCUGGAAUAUAAAGAGCAACAGAUGCUUUACAACAAAUAUGCAAAACAUUUAUAUUUUAAUGGAAAGUUGAUUGAUAGACAAAAGUCAAUAGAAUAUCACAAGAAGGCAGCAGCGAUACCACACCAAUCCUUGUAUCGCAAAAACAGCAUUACAAUGCUGGAGAAAUACACUGAAAAAUAUGGUAGCAGAGAAAUAGAGGAAUUUCUAAUGAAGCUGCAACAGUAAGAGAAUAAAGAUAAAGAACAUUUACUAUGCUGGCAGUCUAAACGUUUGUAACGAAACUAAUAAUUAAUUAUUAUUGAUUCAGAUAUUGUUAUAACAGUAACAAUAACAUACAUGACCUGAAAAAGAACUGUAUUGAUUUUAAUAUUGUUCCAUUGGUGACUCUUACCCAAGUUUUGCAGUGUGCAUUUGUUUUUUGUUCAUUCAUUUAGUUGUGUUUUACAUAAAAGGUCUAAUUUUGAAAAAGCUGAAUAAUUUUUUUUUAAGAGCUUUUGUAUUUGUCUCUUGUUAUCCUCUGCGGCUGAGACAAUCAAAUGAAAUUACUGGAAAAUGAUCUGGAACACUAUGACACCUUCUGAAAUGAGAUCAUAACAGUUAUGUGUAAAGGAAUGCAGAGUGAUCAGCGGACAUCUCCAAGCUGGCACGGGCUCAUGAUGCGAAAAAAGAAGUGAGCAGCUGCACGGUGGAUUUCAAGCAGUACUGUCCUCAGCUUCUCACAGACAGUUUACAAAAUGUGCACAUCGACAAAGACUGAAGCAGAUAGUGCAAAUCAGGGGUAUCAAACUGAUUUUACAUCGCAGGCCACAUACAGCCACUUUGAUCUUAAGUGGACCAGUGAAACCCUCUUUUCUGUUAGUGUAAAGAAGUCACAUCUUUAACUGCUUUUCUAUAUGAUAAAGAAAAAGCUGAGAAAAAAAGAAAUCUGUCAGCACCUCUCUUUGGACUUGAAUUGUAAAUAAAUGUGUAAAAUUACUGAAAAAGCUCCGGUCCACUCUUAGAAAGAAUAAGUUAAACAUUUUUUAAUUCUAAUAUAAUGUGUAACACUAAAUAUUUUAAAAAUGUGCACUGUUUUUGUGUUAUUUUCAGAAUCCAGCAAAAGCAGGAUCUAAAACAAGCAGUUCAGUAUUAAUGUGUUUGUGUUUAAGUGUAUAUUAACUAUUAUAUUCUAACAAUAUAAAUUGAAUGAAUGUAAAUAUCCAAUUAUUGGUCUUUUUCACAGUCCUACCCUUUUAAUUUUUAUCAAAUCAUAUAUUUUAUGAUUUAAUGUGGGCCAAGGUGUGCAUGGUAUACUAAAUUUGGAAGAAUAGGUAAUAAAUUAAACUAAAAGAAGCUUAAACACACACGCUGGAAAAAUAAUCUAAUUUUGCCCAGGAACAUGACAUAUUAGUAGCGGGAAGGGGGCGGUCUUUCUUCAUGCCACUGAGACAAAGGACACAAAGAGGGGGGCUGCCUGGCUUGAAAUACUGUAAGACCCUACAGUAAGUAUCCCUUAGUAGUUUAGCUUAAUGUAAUGAAAAAACAUCAUAGAAAUAUGAAAUUUAAAAAAAAUGAAAAUACGUAUUUCUGAAGGCAUGUGAUGUUUUUAGAAAAAUCAUCGUUGUAUGAGGAGUUUUGAGUUCCUCUAACUGGCUAGCUAACUAGAGAGCUAAAUGAGGGUUAAAACUUAUUUAUUUAAA